GGGAGGAAGCAUAACUUAGAGAGAGGCUAAGGGAGACAAACACAGACGGCAAAGCACCACCUUCAAGCAGCUUGUCCUUUAAGUAUGUGGAGAACCAGACCUUUUAGUUUCACCUCGGUGAUCUCAAAAAUAGGAACCUUGUGUUUGCCAAUCCAGGCGCUGUUUGUAUUAAAGGAUCAGACUGAUGAAAUGUUUGGAUUUUAUUGUUCUAAACAUGUGUUUCAGUUGGUGCUCUCGGACCCACUCUGUGAAGAAAAUGAAAUGUGUGUAAGCUAUAAAAAUCAAUACACAAGUGGCUGGUAUAUCUGGUUCUUGCUGCUGAUUUUCCUGGUGGCUCUUCUCUGUGGAGUGGUGUUCUUCUGCCUCCAGCGCCUGCUUAGGAGACGCCGAAUGGAUUCUCCAAGACGCACUCUGGCUGUUUUUGCUGUUGGAGACUUGGACCCUGUGUAUGGUGUUACUUGUUUUGGGAAGAAACAGUCAAAUCAUUCCAAGUUAGCUGAACACUCAGGGACAGAAGCAGCUGUGAAUCCAACUGUUGGAAUUCACCUUCACACUCAGAACCCUGAACUGUGUCCUGUCCCAUGUGUUGACAAGUUAGGCCCCCCAACUCCAUAUGAAGAAAUUUUGAAAUCAAGUCAAUUUUAGAUCUGGAUCUGGAUCAUCAACUGAAAAUAUUAGAAAUAUUUUAAAUUCCAAAACAUCCAAAAUUUAGGAACACUUCUUCCAUUUAGUGGAAUUAUCAGAGGCUAAGCAAUAUAGUCUGAAGAAGAUGAAUAGACAAAAGUAUGAAUUCAGGGAAUGAAUUUUGGUGAGGGAGAUGUUUAAUAAAUUAGUGAACUCUCAGUGUAUCACUGCUGUGUUAUAUUUUGUGCUACACAGCCAAGUUAAUGUUUCUCCACUAGCACUUUAAUAUGCAGUAAUUAAUGCAUGGAGUGGUUGCCACUAGGUUUAGGAAUCCACUACAGUACACAAGAUAGCUUUUCAUGCCUCAUUAUCUCUGUUUUAAUCUGACCUCCCCCCUAGUAGGGAGUCAAUAAAAAUUAUCAUAAGUUAACAAUGGAUCAAACAAAGAUUCAGACACAUCUAGACCCAGAACCAGAAAGAGAAUAUUUGAAUUAGGAUGAAGGGAGAGAGUAGGAAGAAGGAACAUUUGGAAUUGAAGGGUAAAGGAUGAAUAAAGAAGAUUAAAGGUUGUUGUAUAUCUCAGUACAAGGAGUUGUAUAUCUCAGCCUGAGGAGGGAGAAAGAGUAGAUAGAAGUGAAGAUUACCUAAACUGGGGCAUGCAUAAGACCACCUGGAGAAUGUGGACAAGAAGGAGAAGAUUCCCAUUUUAGGUGGGUCAAUGUGGCCUCUGGAGUUCACAGGCUUCCUCUGGUGCCUCAAGACUUGGCAUUGCCUGGAGAACCAUUAUAAGAAUCUGUAAAUCCAGGAAGGGGAAAUCCUGGGGCAAAAUGCCUUUGAACCUGAAAUCAGUCAAUGGGAGAAAUAAAGUUUAAAACCCAAUUAUUGCUUACAAGGAGUCAUCCUGCAUCUCUCCUGCUGUGGCAAAAGCAAAUAAGAUUCCCCCCAAU